AUGGGGAUAUUGUAUGGAAUGGUGGCUCGGGGGCUGGUGGUUUUGGCCGAGUUCAGCGCCACCCAGAGUAAUGCAAGUGUGGUAGCCAAACAGAUAUUGAGCAAGAUGAAUCAAGGGACUAAUAACAACAAUGAUACAAACAUUUCCUAUUCCCAUGAUCGCUACGUUUUUCAUGUCAAGAGAACCGAUGGCCUCACUGUUCUUUGUAUGGCUGAUGAUGCAUUCGGAAGAAUGAUUCCUUAUGCAUUUCUAGAAGAUAUUCAUAACAAAUUUGUGAAGACAUAUGCUCGUGCAAUUCUUUCAGCUCCUGCCUAUGCCAUGAAUGAUGAGUUCUCAAGGGUAUUGAGUCAACAGAUGGAUUAUUACUCCAAUGACCCAAAUGCUGACAGAUUGAACCGUCUCAAAGGUGAAAUGACUCAGGUAAGAACUGUCAUGAUUGACAACAUUGAAAAAGUGUUGGAGAGAGGUGGCCGCUUGGAACUUCUGGUUGAGAAAACUUCUGCAAUGAACAGUAAUUCAAUUCGUUUCAAAAGGCAAUCACGCCGUUAUAAAAAUAACUUGUGGUGGAGUAACGUUAGGUUAACGGUUGCACUUAUUAUAUUUUUCGCCAUUCUCAUUUACAUUUUACUCGCCUUUAUCUGCCAUGGUCCCUUGCUGGCUUCUUGCUGGAGAUAA